AUGUCCUUCGAAGCAAAUGACGACGACGUGGACAUCCAUCACGAUCCCCUGAAAGAUGCCGUGGGAUUCGAAUCAGUCAGCUCGUUGAAUGAGCAACCAGGUGUGGAUCGUGGACACGUCGAAGCAAAUGAGGCUAUGCCUGCGGUGGUGCACGAAUAUGAUGCCGGGCCGGGAGGGUGUGUAUACCGGGGAGUGAGGAGGCCGCCGUCGGGGAAGUAUGCGGCGGAGAUUCCGGACCCAAAGAAGAGUGGUGCAAGGAGAUGGCUCGGGACUUACAAGACGCCACAGGAGGCUGCGUUGGCUUAUGACCGGGCCGCCUUCGCGAUGCGUGGGACCAAGGCCAGGCUAAAUUUCCCUCACUUGAUCGGUCGCAAUGACGUGGAGCCAGAGAAGCUCACUCGGAAGCGGCACCACUCACAUGAGGCUGGGAGUGGUUCGCUGGAUCCGAAGCCGAUAAAGGAGGACUUGACUGGCUUUGCCAGCGAUCCCAAAAAGCUUAAUGGCUAUGUUGUGUCAUUCCAAUAG